AUGCUUCAGAGCUCAAUCGACCACACACUCAUCAACAACAUGAUCUUCAGAGAGUCAGAGUCCAACAACAUGGGUCGCGGUGCCUACGAUACCACUGGCACCCCCAAGCCUCCUCCACCACCGCCCAAAUAA